AUGCCUGCCCAAGCCCCAACGCCGCGGACCACGCGCAAUAGCCGUGGUCUGAGAAGACCUUCCGGCAUCGCGCCGGACGAUUCCUGCCUGGGCGAUUCCGCCCGACCCCAGAGCGACUUCAACCGCCGCAGUCUAACGCUUGUUGCGCAGUUGGCGCGUCUCCCCAUCCGCCUCGCCCCUCCCGCCCCUCCCGCGACGCCCGCCCCGCCCGCCCCUCCCGCCGCUUCCGCUCUCCCCGCCCCUCCUGCCCCUCUCGCGGCCGCCCGGCCGCCCAUCUUCCCUCCGCCGGUCGUUCUCGCCCCCCCGACCCGGUUCGUCUCCUCCCCGCCGCCCGCUCCCGCGCCGCCAGCCCCCGCGACGCCGGUGAGGUACCGGCAACGGUACCUCACAAGAUUUAUCGACGUAACACCGUCGACCUUGCCCGCUCCGACCCCCGCCAGCCCCGGGGAGGAGACCCGCUACUUCCGCCUACGCCGCGACGCGGAAGGCGAGGAGAGAUUCGCUCGGGAGUUGUGGAUUGCGAUCCGCAACGACCACCACAUGAGAGGUUGUUGGUGCGGCCCGCCCAACAUUUACAGCUCAAGAGAAGAAGCCGAGGCCGCAGCCGGCCACCUCCGCUUCUACGUCGUGGGCACCGGACCCAAGAACCUGCGCGUCCUCCAGAAGAAGGACGACCUCCGUUGGCACUGCAUCUGCGGUAACAACGAGUACCACGAGGUCUACAAGGGCCUCCUCAACAAAAACGGAAAGCGCCCGGCUGAAGAUUGCGAAGUCGAUCUGAUAGCCCAAAACCAGGGCUCAAAGGACGACGGCAAAUCUGUCGAUCGAGUCGUGCCUGCCCCCGAGGAGCCCAUCCCCGCGGAGGAGGAAUCUUCUCGGGCUCCGGAAACUCCCCAAGAAGAGGCCCCCGCACCUGCCCGAUCGAUGUGGGCGCGAACAUUCGGCAUCAUCGGCCGCGCUGUCGCAACAAUGGGCAGCCCUCUCGCGACCCUCUACGGCAAGCUCCGUCAUCAAUUCCGCGGCGAUGCCUACGAGACCGUGGACACUCGCCGAAAAGCUCCCGACAAUGACAACAUCGUUGUCAAGAGAGUGAAGCGCCGGGCGCCGACUUCACCGACCAACCAGGACGGGGAUGUCGGCUUUGACCGCCUUAUCUGGACCGACGACCCCACCAAGCGCAUCGGCCUCGACCGGAUCCAACAUCUCGCGAGGAUCUUCGCGACCCAACUCGACAGCAUCCAGACCGGCAACCUCAUCGGCGGUCCAUCUGUUGCAGCCAUCCAGAUGCAGAUCCAAGACGGCCAGGACCUCGCCGCCAGCAUUGGCAUUCACAUGUUCCGGGAAUUCAGACACGGACCUGUGUUACCAGACGAGUCCGACGAGGAGAGAGCCGAAAAGCUGAUCGACACCCUGAAGAAAUAUGAGGAGCGCCUCAGAUUGGGCAUCGAAUUCAUGCAGAUUGUAUACGACCGCGAGCUGUUUGAGGAUCUGAAAAAGACCUACCCCACGCCGCCGCGCCGCCUGCCACUGGGCUCCAGCAUGUUCAGGCAAAACACGGGGAUGUUGGGCGAGUUUCUGUGCUUCCUCCGCUCGCUUGACAGCGUGUGCAAGAUCGACAAGGCCACACUCGAGACCAUCUGCAUGAUGAUUGUGGACGCUAAUGCCAUCCACAAACAAGAGAUGGUGCCAAGCUAUGUCGAGUUGGAGGAACACCCGACCGAGAACAUGCCUGGAUUCUUUCCCGAGGAGCCCAAGCCGCCUGUCAUGGAGGAUAUUCCCGCGGAUGAGCUCGAUAUCCAACCUUUCUACGACUUCAAGUUCCCGGAACCUGGACCCUGCGACUGGGAGGAGCAGAUCAAUCCUGGCGACUACCGAUUGGUGCCAGAGCCGAAGGGUAUCCUCAAGCCGUCGAAAGAGUGGGGGCAUCCGACUUCGCCCAGAUACGUCGCAACUCCAGAAAAGAAGAGGAAGCUUGCCUUCAAAAGCCCGGUAUCCCAGUUCAUCCCACCGGCGCAUAUCCCUGCCAGGAUCAUGACCCCCCGGCAGGCAGAUCGGAUCCUCAAGGCGAAGCUCAAGGCAGAGCUGCUCCGUGACGAACACUCGGCCCGCGUGUUUGAGGCCAGUAGAACCGUUACGGCGGUUCGGGAGCCGCACGACACAUCCAUCCAUUUCAAAGAAAAGGGCAGCCCUGAAGAUCUAGAACCUGAGGAGAGGGCAUUAGAGAGAGAGGACAGGGAGAUGGGACUCACUCAUUAUUCCCGAAAGUAUGGCCGCUUCCUCAACCGCCUCUAUGACGACCUGGAGAAGCGGGCAGAGGCGGCCGAACAGAACCGUCUGAAGACGACGGUCAACCUCCCCCCUCGAAGACGCAUGGUGCGGAUCCCGCUCCCUCCUCUUCCCUCAACCCCCGAACCUCGCCGGCGUGCAGCCCACCUUUUCGAGGACGACACUAGCAGCUCUGCUAGCUCCAGUCCCGGUAUCAAUCCGCUGAUGCGCCCCAAGGAGGAGGAGCAACCUGCCAAACCUGCCGAAAAGAAGCCCGCCCCCCGCACUCUGGAAGAGUUCUUUGCGGAAGACGAGGACGAUUUGGCCAUCUCCACCACGAAGCUCGAGGAGCUGUUGCUUGAGCGUCAAAUCCGGGAAGAGUUCGAGGCAGGCGUUCGGCGCAGCAUCGAGGAGAAGCGGAAGCGCGAAGAGGAAGAAGCUCUCCGCGAAAAAUUCCUGCAACAAGAGCAAGAACGUCGUCGCAUUGAAGAGGAACGUCGUCGAGAGCAGGAAGCCCAGCGGAGGGCGGAAGCCGAGCAAUUCGCUGCGCUUACCGGGCUGAGACAGCCUGCUCGACCUCUCAUCACCGCUCUCUCCGAGGACUGGAACAUCAGAGUCGCAAAUGCGGCCAGAGCGAACCCCACCGCCGAGCUGGUCAAGACCUUAGAAGGCCAGCCGCUUACCAGGCGCGAUUUCGAAGAGAAGCUGCUGCCGCCCACUGCAUGGUUGAACGACAACGUCAUCAUUGGCUCGAUCCUGCACGUUGCAGACUACGUCAACCGAGCGAAGGGUGCGACAGACCAGGAGCCCAAGUGUGCCGCUUUUACGUCCUACUUCUGGCCUCGCCUCCUCUCUCAUGGGCCGGGUGGCUGCGGUCGUCUUCUGCGGAGAGCCGGCGUCCGCAAAGCAAACCUUCUUAACAUCGACACAAUUCUCAUCCCCAUCUGCGACCAAUCCCACUGGACCCUGGCUGUGAUCCGUCCCGAGAAGAGGACAGUCUCUCACAUCGACUCGAUGCGUGGCGGCAGUGGCGACGAGAGCGUCAAGACCAAGCUGCUUGAGCUGGUGCGCUUCAUUCUCGAGGACCAGUUUGUGGAGGCAGAGUGGCGCGGUGUCGAUUAUGAAGCCCCGCGCCAGACCAAUGGCUGGGACUGCGGCGUCUUCACGAUUACGAAUGCCAUGUGCAUGGCCCUGGGCUUGAACCCCAAGUUCUCUUACACCGAGAGCGAAAUGACACUGCAGCGGAGACGACUGGCGGCGAUGCUGCUGAAUGAGGGAUUCAAGGGCGAAUUCAGCCUUGACGGGUACUGA